GUGGCCGCAAAAACUUUCUGCAAGGCUGGGACUGUGUACUUGCAGUUUAACGGGCACGACUUUAGGAAUUGGUGGUGGCUUAAGGAGAGAAGGGGAUGGGCAAAUCUGGGAAGCCCCUGCAUUAUAAGGGGUCGACAUUCCACAGAGUGAUACCCAAGUUUAUGUGCCAAGGGGGAGACUUCACCCGAGGUGAUGGCACUGGAGGAGAGUCCAUUUAUGGCAUGAAGUUUGCAGACGAGAACUUCGUGAAGAAGCAUGAUGCGCCUGGUGUGCUGUCCAUGGCAAAUGCGGGACCGAACACCAAUGGAUCCCAGUUCUUUCUGUGCACUGUGCCAACAUCUUGGCUUGAUGGAAAACACGUUGUGUUCGGAAGAGUGAUACAAGGCAUGGAUGUCGUGAGUAAAAUCGAAGCGGUGGGGACCGCAAAUGGGAAGACAACAAAGAAGGUUGAAAUUGCGGACUGUGGCCAAUUAUCUUAAGAUGCUUGUUGCGGUCCACAUUCCCUGGGGCAGGGCGGACAGGAAGGGGGCGAGAGAGAGAGAGAGAGAGAGAGAGAGAGAGAGAGAGAGAGAGAGAGAGAGAGACGGGAACAAUGUGAACUCAAAAGUGUGAGGUUUUACAUAUCACAGUGAACAUCCAGUGUCACGAUUAGGAGAGUUGGGAGAGGAGAAGAGUGGUGGGAAGGGAAGUGGAUGUGUUGCAGCAAAUGAGUGAGUGGAAAUUGAAUGAUGUGAAAAUUGAGGAGCGGACAAAUUGAGGAGGGAAAAUUGUAAGCCAAGGUGAAUUGGAAAAGAAAAGAGAACUCAGAAUAGAGGAGAGGGAGCCAAAGGAGUGAGUAAAGGCAAGAAAAACAG